GAUUCCCACCGUCGGAACGCAGACAAAUACAGAAGGCGCCCCAUACUCUAGCGCAUAUCGCCCCGGAUCCCCAUUGUUUUCUACGUCUCCAAGGCAAUAAGCUGCAUUUUGCUCAAAAAAUAGAGGCAAGCUGUAAGCUGGCCUUGCUUCCCGGCCUCGUGAGUACUACUACACAACUCAUCAAUUUGAGAAUACAUCUUUUUCAGGCGCAGACAAACAUCUGCCGUUGUUGGGCAUGGACGCCGCCGGCUCAUCCUCGCCGAUGCACAUCGUCAUCUUCCCGUGGCUCGCCUCCGGCCACCUGCUCCCCUGCCUCGAGCUCGCCGAGCGCCUGGCCGCGCGGGGCCACCUCGUGUCCUUUGUCUCCACCCCGCGCAACCUCGCGCGCCUCCCGCCGGUCAGCCCCGCGCUGGCGCCGCUCGUCGACCUCGUCGCUUUGCCGCUCCCGCGAGUCGCCGGCCUCCCGGACGGCGCCGAGUCCACCGCCGACGUCCCGGCCGACAAGUUCGAUCUCCACAGGCAGGCCUUCGACGGCCUCGCCGCGCCCUUCGCCGCGUUCCUCGACGCCGACGUUGGCAAGAAGAAGAAGCCUGACUGGAUCGUGGCCGACUUCGUGCACCACUGGGUCGCCGCCGCCGCUCAGGAGCGCGAGGUGCCGUGCGCCAUGCUUGUCCCGUGCGCCGCAGCCGUCGCGGUCUUGGCCGGCCCACCUCCGGAGUCGAUAUCCAACGCGGACGAACGGCAGGUGAUCGUCAAGGUCAUGGACGCGGCGCCGAGGUUUGAGGCAGAGCAAGCCAUGGAGGAGUUCGCCGCCGAAGACGCCUCGGGGUCAUCAUCGGGGCUGUCCGUCCUUAGCCGCUUCUACAUGACGUUGAAGCGGUGCAAGGUCGUGGCCCUGCGGAGCUGCCCCGAGCUAGAGCCCGACGCGUUCCCGCUCCUGACAAGGCUCUACGGCAAGCCGGCCGUCCCCCUCGGCCUGCUCCCGCCGCCGCCCAACGGAACCCGCUCCCGCGGCAUGGACGACGAAGCAAUCAUCCGAUGGCUGAACGCACAGCCGGCCAGCUCGGUCGUCUACGUGGCGCUGGGGAGCGAGGCGCCGUUGCGGGCCGAGCUGCUCCGCGAGCUGGCCCACGGGCUGGAGCUCGCCGGGACGCGCUUCCUCUGGGCCCUGAGGAAGCCCGUCGGCGUCCAAGACGGAGACAGCGUCCUUCCAGACGGCUUCGUGGAGCGCACCAGCAGGCGUGGGCUCGUGGUCGCGCGGUGGGUUUCUCAGGUGAGCAUACUGGCGCACGGCGCCGUGGGCGCGUUCCUGACGCACUGCGGAUGGGGCUCGGUCGUGGAGGGGCUCCAGUUCGGGCGCCCGCUCAUCAUGCUGCCCAUCGCCGGUGAUCAGGGCCCGAACGCCCGGCUCAUGGAGGAGAGGAAGGUCGGAGUCUCUGUGCCGAGGGACGAGAAGGAUGGGUCGUUUACUCGAGGUGGUGUCGCCGGAGCUAUUCGGGCCGUUGUGGUGGAGGAGGACGGGAGGCUGUUCGCGGCAAAUGCCGAGAAGCUUCGAGAGAUCGUGGCCAGCAGGGAGUGCCACGAGAGGUGCAUCGACGGGUUCAUUCAGCAUUUAAGAUGUUGUAAGUAGUGAAAGGAAAUUCGUUUUGAGCUAUUUCAUCGCCGAGAAAAGGGGCUCCUCGAGCGCUUGGUUUGCAAAUGAAAUUGCGACGUGAUUUGGUUCAAAUCAAAUCGAUUACUCAGUAGCCAAAGUUGGAAAAAGUUGUCACGCACCCCCAAAAUUUUGUUUUGCGAAAUGAAUGCCAACGAAAUUGUACGGUCGAUGUUACCAACUGUUGAAAGUUUUAGCAGGCCGCUGGACACACACCGGUGAUCAAUCGAAGGCCAG